CAGGUCACCAUGAAUUUUGAUGUUAUAAAGGGCAAGCCAGUUCGCAUCAUGUGGUCUCAGCGUGAUCCAUCACUUCGCAAAAGUGGAGUAGGCAACAUAUUCAUUAAAAAUUUGGACAAAUCCAUUGACAAUAAAGCAUUGUAUGAUACAUUUUCUGCAUUUGGUAACAUCCUUUCAUGUAAGGUGGUCUGUGAUGAAAAUGGCUCCAAAGGCUAUGGGUUUGUGCAUUUUGAAACACAGGAAGCAGCUGAAAGAGCUAUUGAGAAAAUGAAUGGGAUGCUUCUAAAUGACCGUAAAGUGUUUGUUGGACGAUUUAAAUCACGGAAGGAACGAGAAGCAGAACUUGGAGCGAGGGCAAAGGAGUUCACCAACGUUUACAUCAAGAACUUUGGGGAAGACAUGGAUGAUGAGCGCCUCAAGGAUCUCUUUGGCAAGUUGACUGAUGAAAGCGGAAAGUCCAAAGGGUUUGGAUUUGUCAGCUUUGAAAGACAUGAAGAUGCACAGAAAGCUGUGGAUGAGAUGAAUGGAAAGGAGCUCAAUGGAAAUCAGAUUUAUGUUGGUCGAGCUCAGAAAAAAGUGGAGCGGCAGACGGAACUUAAGCGCAAAUUUGAGCAGAUGAAGCAAGACAGGAUCACCAGAUACCAGGGUGUUAACCUUUAUGUGAAAAACCUUGAUGAUGGUAUUGAUGAUGAGCGUCUCUGGAAAGAGUUCUCUCCGUUUGGUACCAUCACCAGUGCAAAGGUUAUGAUGGAGGGUGGUCGCAGCAAAGGGUUUGGUUUUGUAUGUUUCUCUUCCCCUGAAGAAGCCACUAAAGCAGUUACGGAAAUGAAUGGCAGAAUUGUGACCACGAAGCCACUGUAUGUAGCUUUAGCUCAGCGCAAAGAAGAGCGCCAGGCUCACCUCACUAACCAGUACAUGCAGAGAAUGGCAAGUGUGAGAGCUGUGCCCAACCCCGUGAUGAACCCCUACCAGACAGCACCUCCUUCAGGUUACUUCAUGGCAGCUAUCCCACAGACUCAGAACCGUGCUGCAUACUAUCCUCCUAGCCAAAUUGCUCAACUAAGACCAAGUCCUCGCUGGACUGCUCAGGGUGCCAGACCUCAUCCAUUCCAGAACAUGCCCGGUGCUAUCCGCCCAGCUGCUCCUAGACCACCAUUUAGUACUAUGAGACCAGCUUCCUCACAGGUUCCACGAGUCAUGUCAACACAGCGUGUUGCUAACACUUCAACACAGACCAUGGGUCCACGUCCUGCAGCUGCUGCUGCUGCAGCCACUCCUGCUGUCCGCACCGUUCCCCAGUAUAAAUACGCUGCGGGAGUCCGCAAUCCCCAGCAACAUCUUAAUGCACAGCCACAAGUUACCAUGCAACAGCCUGCUGUUCAUGUGCAAGGUCAAGAACCUCUAACUGCUUCCAUGUUGGCAUCUGCCCCCCCUCAAGAGCAAAAGCAAAUGUUGGGUGAACGGCUGUUUCCUCUUAUUCAAGCCAUGCACCCUACUCUUGCUGGUAAAAUCACUGGCAUGCUUUUGGAGAUUGAUAACUCGGAAUUACUUCACAUGCUUGAGUCUCCAGAGUCUCUCCGCUCAAAGGUUGAUGAAGCUGUGGCUGUACUACAAGCCCACCAAGCAAAAGAGGCUGCCCAGAAGGCAGUGAACAGUGCCACCGGUGUCCCAGCCGUUUGAAUUGAUCAGGGACCACGAAAAGACACUCGUGCUUCACUGAAGAAAAAAUAUCUAAACAUCAAAAAAUUUAAAUAUUAUGAAAAAACAUUGCAAAAUAUAAAAUAAAUAAAAAAAAGGAAAGGAAACUUUGAACCUUAUGUACCGAGCAAAUGCCAGGUCUAGCAAACAGUGCUAGUCCUAGAUUACUUGAUUUAAAACAACAAAAAAUACAAAAAAAUAGUAAAAUAUAAAAACAAAUUAAUGUUUUAUAGACCCUGGGAAAAGAAUUUUCAGCAAAGUACAAAAA